AUGAGUAGCUUCAAGAAUUUGGAGAAUGCUGCUUUCGAGACUAGCGACGUGGCACCGCAUAUCUCACCACACAUCCACAUUGACAGCAGAACUCUGGGAUGUGGUGGGCAGCUUGUUCGAAUCACCCGUGGUCUUUCGGCGUUAGCGGUUAAAAUAUUGGCCGAGAUAAGUGGCAGCCAUGUGACGAACGACUUGGUUGGAGCCAGGAGUAUCACAUUGACAUCACCGCAAGCCGAAAAGACUUCAGAUCCAGCAACAGCAUCACAGACGCCCAAGGGGCAGUAUCAACGACUCAAUGCCGCGCUUAUGCCACUGAACGGUGUUUCGGUCAAUUCAGAGCCUUGUAUCCCUAAGAUUCAUGUUGGAGCACGAGCAUCAACUAAAGUUGUCAAAGUCAAUAUCGUCGGCGGGACAAAUGGUUCUGGAUGUCCAUCUUACGACUAUAUUUCCCAAGUGAUUGAACCAAAUUUCGCGCGUCUAGGUCUUCCUGCACUCUCGGUAAAGCUUCACAAGCGGGGGUGGGCAACUGGUUCUCUCUCAAUGGGUGAGAUGAGCUUCUUCAUUCGUCCCCUGCCAACGUCCGAGUCAUGUUUUUCCGAAGGGCUGUCGCCGACUUCUCGCUUUCCGAUGAUCGAUCUCAUGAGCUUUGAGCGCGGGCAAGUCACCCGCAUCGACGUGAUCGUGUUAGCACCGAGAGAUACACUGCCUCAGAACGAGAGAAAUGGCUCAUGCCUGACUGUUCCGGAUCAUAUUGAAAGAGAGACUCAUCGGAGACUGCGGAAAGCGUUGAGAACGAUCGAGUCCUCCGUUUUGGCUGAGUCGGCGGAUGGAACAAGCACAGUCCCUAUCAAUACGCAUCUGACAGAGGUGACGUCCCAUUUCUGUCAAAUCUUCCUUCUACUGGUCGCUCAUUCAUCGAACGGAUUCCGGAUCGGGUACGACACAUUGCUCUUCGAUGUAGACAAGCCGCGCCGCAAGGCCAGAAGAGAAAGCUGGACAAACAUCAAACGCCCAGGAAAGGGCAGGAUCAACCUCUGA